AUGCCCCAUUUUAGUCCUUUGUUUGUUUUGAACUAGGAGGCUUUGACGUCUAACGUCCCUAGUUUUCAAUUCCUACAAGGACUACGGACUAGGUGUCACGUAAUGGACAACACCACCGGCAGCUUCGCGUCUUUCGGCUCGGACUUCGACCCCGAACACGAGGCUCUCCAAUCCACAAACCAUGGCAACAACAGCCCGCGUCUUCCCAACAUGACCAGCAACGCGCGCAAAAACCGCAACAACCACCAAUUCUACGACGGAGCAGACGACGACGAACCUGAUUACGCGAUCAACACCUCCGCCAUUGAACGCGCCUUCCCCGAAUUCUCAAACGCCGGCUCCUCAUCCGACGACGACCUCCACGACGAACUUCUCGACGACGAACUCUCCGUCGAACUUGGCAGAGGUGUAUCUUCGAAACCGACGCGUCAUAUGGAAGAUUCGCGGAAUUCGCACAUGAGCUUCGAGAAUAGCGUUCGCUCGUCGUCGCCUGCCGUUCGCCUGGAUUACCCGACUUCGUACACGCCGCAGAAAUCAGCAAUGCGUGCCCAGCCUCGACGAGCGGUUAGCGAGAACCUACGGAAGGACGCUCAGGUGCGGAGGGCGAGCCAGGCGCAGAAGGAGAAUAUCAAGCCGCAGUCGAAUGGUCAGAGACGGACGCUUUCCGAGAUGCAUGCUAGAGCGCGUGAUCCGUACGAUAUUUCGUUUACGGGUGAGGAACAGCGGCCUUCGCCUGGGCGUGGUAAUUCGCGGUCGACGCGCUUUGGGAACACGAAUCUUUCGCAUCAGAUUACUGAGGCUGUUGAGAGGGCGUCGAGGGAGGUGCGGCCGGGUGGGAAGCUUUCGAAUAGCACGCGCAGUGCUCCAGCUAAUGGGGCUGGAGAUACGUUUACUCAUCAGUCGUUUUUGUUGCCGGAUUUGCCUAACCUUUCGGAGCUGGUCUCUGGUGUGUAUGAGGAUGGGACUCCGGUUUUGCCUAGCCAUAAGAAGAUGCGGUCGACGCGGUUUGUGUCGCCGUCGCAAGACGCGGAUACGUCGGUCUCCCGUCAGCAUCUUCCUCUGGACGCGGUGCCGGUCCCGGAUGAUGAGAAGGCUUUGUUUGUCUCGUUGAGAGUUCUUCAGGAGAGAGUGGCCGAGUUGGAACACGCCAAGUCUGAUGCGGAAAAGAAGAUUCAAGAUAUGCGUCAGGAGAAUGCUUUCCUCAAGUCGGAUAGGUCUCGUCCCAAGGACAAGUACAGUCGGAGGGACUACGAUUCGGAAGAGGAGUACAGACGGGACAGUCGGUUGGCGAGCGAGAAUCAGAAAUUAGAGGCCACGAACCUCGCUUUGCAGAACCGACUGGACAUUAUCGACCGGAAGGCUCAACUCUCCGAAGCGACCUUGAACAAGUUGACCCGCGAGCGCGACAUGGCAGUUUCCCAGUUGGGUGUUGCGUAUCUCGAGGCGCAAGACUUUAAGAACCAGAACGAGAAAUUGAGGCGCGAAAAUGCGGAACUCAAGUCCCAGCUGGCUAGAUCUACAAACUACACGCAAAGAACCCGCGAAGACACCGGUCGGACCGAGCAGACCGCUGAUACUGAUGAGAUGGAUGACGAUACCCAAACCCACACACAACGCAGUGCCGAUGUCAGUCGCAACACGAGAGACCUUACCACGAGGAGCGUGCGUUCGAGGUCGAAGCCUGCGCGCGACGAAGACACUCGUACCAAGGUCUCGACUCAGGUUGACAAAGAGCUCUCGCGACUCGAGAAGGAGCGAGCUGAAGAGGCCUUGUUCUCGCUUGAUGUUCCGCGCAUCAGGAAACAAAAGUCAGAGAGCCGAUCGGCCGACCGAGCUGACAAGAAGAAGUCAAAUACCGGCAAGCGCGUCAAGCGGGUAGUCGUGGAGGAAGUUGAUGUCACUGAUCCUGUUGAGACUACGACGGAGGAAGUUACUCGACACACGAGGAAGUCUUCUCAGGGAGAGCAGGACUUGACUUUGCUCAGCUUUAUUGACGAACGCGAAAUUGCUCAACUACGAAAGACGCUUGAAGAAGAGCGACUGGCACGCAAGCAACGGCUCAGUCUUCCCAAGGAGCCUACUGCGACGCAUGAAACCGUGAACACCACCCGACAGAGCUCGAAGGCUCCUGUGCCACGGAAGUCGUCUUUGAAAACACCAGCCAGACCUACCUCUGCCAUUGGCGAUGUCACAGCAACUUCUAAAGCAAGCUCGCCUGAAGAUGGCAACCUUAUCGUGCCCAAGGAACGUCAACGGCGACACUCGGACAACGGUCCCAACUUUGUUUCUCCUCGGAGACGGCGUCGCGAUGUGGAGGAGAUGACCUCUGCCUUCAUCCUUCCCGAUAUCACCAUCCGUCAUGCAGACCUGGCCGCUCAGGACCUUUCGAAAUUGCCCGAGGUGACACAACGAGCACUUGAUGGAAUCGCACAGCACAACGGCAAGAACUGCACGGUGUGCCAGCGCGUCAUCUCCGAUGGUAGCAGCUGCGACCACACCCAUGAGGUCCAAGUGCCCAAGCCCAUCCCAGUGUCGGAGCGCAUGCCGGAACCCACUGUAUACAACGAAGAGCCCACUCUGCGCCCCGCGCAGGACCCUCCCGUCGCACUGGCCACGGUCCUCAAAGCGUUGGAAGACGAAUUGUCGCACUUGAAGAUGCAGCUGGCAACCUACCAAGCGGCGUAUAACAAACUCGACGCAUCUCUUGGCAAGCGACAACGGAAGACUCUCGGAGAGAAGAUUGAGAAGUUGCUCAAGGAUGUCGAUAUGAAAGCGGAUCAGAUCUAUGCGUUGUAUGACGUAUUGGAAGGCCAGAAGCAAGAUGGACGCGAGAUGACAGGACGAGAAAUGGAGCAGACCCUGCAGUCUAUCGGGAUUGAAAACUCCGGUGAGCGUGGAGACGUGACCGCGUCGACGCACAAGUCUGCAUCUGCUCGGAAGAAUACCGGACCUGCAGUAGAGGAUGACGAUGAUGAUGACGAUGAGCUUCCGUGGGAGGGCAUUGAGAGUACGAUGGACGUGACCGGUCGGAGUGGACGUUAACAUUCUUUUUCUUUUCCUUUCAUCUGUUACUACUGUGUUACUGCCCUGAUGUUGGCGUUGUUGGAUGAUAUUGCAUUGGUGUACAUUAAAGCAUUAUUGGAUUUUCGGUUCAGGAACCGGUUAAUGGAGUAUGUCUUUACUAC